AUGUCUAACAAAUAUGACGAUUUACUUACAAUAAUUGCUAAUUUGGAAAAAGAAAGGAAAGAGGACAAACGGCGCAUGGCUUUAAUGGAGGAUAGAUUGGAAACUAUGGAGCGUAAAAUGCGUGCAUCGGGGAUUGAAACCGGAAAGGCCGUUAAUAUUAGUAUAGAAGACUCCGAAUUGAAAGAUAUAUAUAGAUUGAACUCCAAGGACAGUUCUGGUCCGAUUAUAGUGGAACUAAGCUCCGUUAUCAGCAAGGAAAAAAUACUUAGAGCGGUAAAAAGUUUUAAUAAAAACAAACCGAGAGACGAGAAAUUAAAUACUUCUCACCUACAACUGCAACAACCAAAGAAACCAGUGUUUAUAUCAGAAACUUUAACUCAAAAGACUCAAAAAAUAUUUCAACUCGCAAGAGCAUUCAAAAAGGCACACAGUUUUAUGUACUGCUGGACUCUGAACGGAACUGUUUACCUACGCAAAGAUGAAAAAUCCAGCCAGAUACGAAUUAACAGUGAAGCCGAUCUCGAAAAUUUAAGGAAGACUCAAUGA